AUGCAACACGUGGGCAUUAUCGGCUCGGGUAUCAUCGGCCUUCUGUCGGCUCUGGCCCUCACCGAUGCCGGCUACCAAGUGACCAUCGUGGCCCGCGAUCUACCGGGCGAUGAAACUCAAGACUGGGCCAGUCCUUGGGCCGGCGUCUCGAUCUUCCCCCACCCCGAUGCAGGCGGCGAGUCCCUCCAGACCGAGAACUUCAAAUACUUCUGGGCACUAGCACAUCGCGAUCCAACGAGCGGUGUUCAAGUCAUAAAAGCAACGGAACACUAUGACGACCGCGACGACGAUUCCACCAUCUGGUACAAGACAGUCGUACCGCGCUACCGUCUGAUUCCAAAGGAAAAGCUGCCCGAUGGAGUGAAGCUCGGAUUCACAUAUACCUCCAUGACGAUCAACCCCGCAUACCUCCUUCCAUGGAUCCAAAAGCAGCUGCAGGCUCGUGGGGUGACCUUCAUCCGGAAGACGCUGAGCUCGAUCGAAGAAGCCAAGAAGCUCACCGGAGCGAAGAUCAUUGUCCACGCCUCCGGGCUAGGCGCAUACACUCUCGCCGGCGACAAGAAUGUGGAGGCAAUCCGCGGACAGACCAUGUUCGUCAAGACGGACUUUGUCGACCAGCUGAUGAUGCAUCAGGGCUCGCAUUACACCUAUGUUAUCCCGCGGAUGUUCACGAAUGGUGCGAUCAUCGGAGGCGUGAGCCAGCCCGGCAAUUUGGAUCGUAACGUGGAUACAGAUCUACGCGCGGAUAUUCUUCAGCGGGUGAAUACGAUGACGAAUGGCGGUCUGUUGUCGGUCGAUCUGGACAAGGAUGUUCAAGAGGAUAUCGUCGCCUUCCGACCGGGGAGGAAGGGGGGUUAUCGGCUGGAAGCUGAGGGGGAUGUCGUACAUGCCUACGGGUUUGCCGGGCUGGGUUAUAUCUUUAGUUACGGUGUGGCGUUGAAGGUUCGGGAGCUGGUUGACUCGAUUGUGCGGCAGGAUGAGGUUCCAAGGAGUCGUCUUUGA